AUGGAAUCAACCAAUGUGAAGAACAAGUCAAGUGGAAAAAGAAAGAUGUCUAGUGAGGACACAAGAAGUUACUUUGCAUGGAACUUGGAAAUGGAGUGUGUGCUAACUAAUGUGCUUAGAGAUCAAAGAAAUUUGGACAAUAAAGGUGAUGGAAAUUGGAGAGCAGUAACAUACAGUACUGCAGCUCAAAUUUUUUCCAAGCAUUUUGGAGUUCAUCUCAUGCGAGAUAAUGUUAAGAACCAUUUUAAGCUUUGGAGAACAUGGUAUGAAAUUGCGAGUGACAUUCUUAUUCAAAGUGGAUUUGACUGGGAUAGCACAAAGUACAUGAUUACCGUUGAAAAUGAAAUUGCAUGGAAUGAAUAUGUUAAGUCACAUGAAGAGGUCAAACGAUUUCAAUUCAAAGUCAUUCCUAAUUGGGAUGAUAUUGUUGACCUAUGUUCAAAGGAUAGAGCCACUGGACUCAGAGCAAAAAAUGCAUUAGAUGCAAAUGAUAUCAUGAGCAAAGAAACAAAUGAAGAGGAAGCAAUUCAUAGUGUGAGUUUUGACUUGGAGGGAUCAAGUUCUGCCACAAGAAAAAACAUUCGCUCAAGUAAAAGUGGAGAGAAAGAAGGGAUGAUUUCCUAA